GUCAUAAAAAACAGACGUGUUGAAGCGAUUAGAUAAUAGCUGUAACACUUUUGUAUACUCGACUCGACAAUUGACGAGCAACAUUUUCGUGAGAGCUUCGGCAGUGGAUACCGAAAUAUAUCGACGCCGUUCAUUCGAGUGGGCAGGAAAUGUAAUUUUGUAAAUUGUCAUGAGGAAAAAAACAAACGAAAUGAAUGUUUGUAAAUUUUACAUUGUAUGUGUUUUCGUGAUAAUAUUCAGUCUGCAGCAGAAAUAAACUUUUCGAUGUCGUAAAUAACCAAGCGUCUCCUUCGGAACUGUGAUUAUGGAAGUGCGCGAUGAAUGAGAAAACUGAAACGGGUUCAUGAUAGUUCGUUCCAGUUCUGGUAUUUAACGAUAGCUCGACAAAUUUUCGAAUGUCGUCUUAUUCCAAUGCCGGCCGAAUGUGCCGCCAACCCUCUACAGAGGGCUUUGGCUGACGCCAUCAUUCGCAUGGUACCGAUGGAUGAACUACGAAUACUGUUAGCUUGCGGAGCUAAGGUCAACGAACAGGUUACCCAAGGCCUACGUCCCAUGCAUUACGCGGUCUGGCAAAACAAUGAAGCUGCCGUUAAUCUGCUUCUGGUGCGUAACGCCGACAUAAAUGCAAUCGAUGAGGUUGGAUACAGUGCGCUCCACCUAGCGGCGGAGCAUGGUUACUAUCACCUGGCAAAAAUUUUACUGGAUGCUGGUUGCAAGGUUGACUACCGUGAGCCAACCGAUGAUCCGUACCCUAGAACUACACUUUGUGACGAGCCGCUUCGUUUAGCCCUUCGCAAUCGUCAUUACGACGUAGCUAGACUUUUGUUGGAGCGUGGAGCUGAUUCAAAUAAGAGAUAUUUCUUUGGAUCGGAAAUCAAUUUGGCUACGGAUAUCGGAAGUCUGGAACUUUUGCUUAUGUUUGGAGCCAAAACGGAAGCUCGGGAUCGAUCCGGAAUCACACCACUGAUGAGAGCCGUCCGUACGAACGGAAAUAUUGACUCCGUUUUGUUGCUUCUACAAUACGGGGCGGAUGUGAAUGCCAUGACAGAUGUCAGAAAUGACUAUCGCACAGUACUUCAUUAUGCCGUUCUUUCAGGUAACGCCUCUUUGGUAACGCUGCUUAUUAAACAGGGAGCACGAGUGGAUAUUCCUGCACCACUGCCCGAACCUGAUUCUCCUAGCCCAUUAGAUUUGGCUGUGCUGCGCGGAGACCCUGCCCUGGUACGAAUACUGUUAGAAAACGGAGCAAAUGUGAAUCGCUGCAGUCCCGUCAUAGGCUCGCCACUGCACGUGGCCUGUGCGGACAACAUUCCUCACAGAGUUGAAAUUAUGAAGAUGCUCUUAUCAUAUGGGGCCGAUCCUAAUGUCCGCGUUGUCGGAGACAUAGCUACAAAUGCCAUAUUGAGACCUCCGUUAGCCGAACUGAUUGCCAGCAACGAAGUUGUGACCCCGGAAGAGCUCCGCCUGUUACUGAGAUAUGGUGCCAGAGUGAUCCUAAAAACCCAAUUCCGCGACUCGGACGGUCUCCUUAACUGCCUUAAUAAUAUGGACCCUAAGUCACAAUCGUUCCGCAUUAUCCUGGAGUCGGCGGAGGAGUUCGAUCCCUGUAUGAUCCGCCGGAAUCGAGACCUCGGUGAUUAUCAAAGAAAGUUUUUACUGGAACGCGCCACGACACCAGUCCCGCUGAAAUCUCGCGUGCGUGCCCAUUUCAGGAGAAUGUUUGGCCGCAAUCUGCCAGAGUUUGUACCCAGCUUGUUCAUCCCAAGGGAGCUGCAGAGCUAUUUGCUGUAUGAGCACAGUCUCUGAACGUACUGUGCGCUUUUUUUGUAGUUAUAGGCGAUGAUCCAACGAGAAGGUACAAACUACUUUUUGAAAGCAGUUACUUAAUUUAGUUAUUUGAAUUGUCGAUUUGUUUCACAGUAUUUACUGUGAAAGCGAUAAGCUGAAAAAACCUAUAAGACUUUUUAAAGCAUACGAUUGUAUUCCCAAUGCCAAAUUAGAUGAAACACAGUAAAAACAAGGAUCGCAUGUAAAACUGGUGUGUAGGAUAUUUUCGCUUAACUCGAACCACUGCCCCUUUUCAACAACAGGUUUUCGUUAGGUGAUGAUUUUCUGGCGAAGUAGGGGUUCUUGGGCAGAAAGAAAAAGUUGGUACAAUAAAAACAGGUUUUGUUAAAAAGAAAAUGAUUGAAUAUUAUUGAAAUGGUUCUUUUAAAAAUACAAUCAAACUAGCACGAUUAGGUAUCGAAUAAUAUAAACGUAGAAUUUAGUCCGUAUAUAACACUUUACAGACUAUGUAACUUGGUGGUGAUAUAAUUAUUUUAAUUUGUAAAUCUCAAUAAAUUUUUAUUCAAAACUGGAA